CACCACCACCACAACCAAUUCACUUCACAACCCAUCAACAUCAUGACCAUCCCACCAUCAACUUUAACAGAAAUCGAUUCAGAUCAUGAAGUAUCAAAUCAAAAAGUAGACAUCAAUGAUACUUUAGGUGAUGAUAGUAUCCUCAACAAAUCAGAACGUAAAGCACGUAAAACUUUGGCUAAGCUUGGUCUUAAGAAAGUCUUAGGAAUCAAUAGAGUGACGAUGAGAAAGUUUAAAUCACAACAAUUCUUUGUGAUUGCAAAUGCAGAAGUUUUCAAAUCAGCCACCGCAAACGUUUACAUAGUUUUCGGAGAAGCCAAAACAGAAGAAACAGCUCCAGGUUUGAACUUGGGAGGAGGAGGAGGAGGUGGUGGUGGAUUCGGUGCUGAAUCAAUGGUUUCAGCUGGUAAACAAGUCGCAGGAAAGAUUACAGAUGUGAAUGAAGAUGAUCAAGAACCGGCAGAUGAGACUGGAAUUGAUCCCAGUGAUAUUGAAACGGUCAUGACUCAGGUUAAUUGUUCUAGAAACAAAGCGGUUAAAGCAUUAAAAGAAAAUGAUGGAGAUUUAAUUAAUGCUAUCAUUUCUGCUUCUUAACAACCAACAAAAAGAAAAAAUUAGAAAUCUCAUCUUGUGGUUCAUCAAUUUGAUUCAAUCAUAAAAUAAUUUGUCUUGAUCGAUUUUUUUUUUCUUAUUUGAUUUAAAGAAAGUUGAAAU